AUUUCUGAUCUAUCAAACGGGAAUCACAACGGCUCUGCUGAAUACACGGACGCUAAUAAGCAGAUUCUGACCACUAGUCUGACGCAUCACUAUGCUGCAGUGAUGGACAGCGAGGGCACGUUGGGCCGCGGCCAUGCAAAUGGGGGCCGUGGGCUGCGCCGUCAACGGUCCCUGGAAUGGAGAGAACGGCGCGGUUAUGGUGCCGGUGCCCAAUCCAGCAGUGAUGAUGAAGAUAAUGCACGUCACGCAGUGGGGCCCGUGUCGAGUUCAUCCACUGCAAGAGGUGCUCGUAGUCCUGGUCAAGUCUUUGCCUCCAUUUUCGCGCAACAAUAUAAUAAUGCGGGAGACAGAUCGUACCGUACGGGAUCCGACACGGAAGGCGCAGCAACUACGGACAACCCUACAACGCCAUUUCCUACGCCGCCCCCAACCUUGACACCGAAUCAUCGGCAAGCUUCUCCGUUUCCCCUCGAAAGCACAAACUCUCGCCGGCAUCAUUACAACGGCAGCAUAUCUUCCGAGAGAUCUCGCAACGGCAAUGGUGAGACCGUUUACGCAGCGUCCACAAAAAAGACGACUUCCGGCGGCGGUACCUUAGGUCGAAGAACACGCCGAGGUCACGCAAGCGCCUUGAGCAGCAGCUCCACCGCGAGCGAUCGUUCCGAAACCGUCUUCCCCGAUGAGCAUACUCGCAUGCAUCUCACCAAUGGUCUGCCCAGGCCUAUUUAUCUCACAGAUACCGGUAGGGAUUCUCCUCCGGAACCCGCGCCACCGGAAGUACCACCUCGCGGACCAUCUUUGCACGCAACGCAUACUUUACGCACACAACAAAACCGAAAUGGUUGUCCACCAAACGCAUCAGGAAGUUUCACUGUGCCAAGUGAUCAAAUGCCGACCGAGACGUAUUCGGAUGGCGGUAUGAUGGCUGAGCGGAUGACUACCUCGGGGCUUCGUACGGUGAUUAGGAAAGUUACCAUGUGCCUGAGAGUCUGAGACCGAAGCCUGCGCUUGAGCUUGUACUCACGCUUGUCGACCAACUCCUCCGCAUCCAACCCUCCGCCGCGGUG